GAAGAUGAUUCUCACGUUUCGUGCCCGACAGUGCCGGCAGUGAUUGUAUUGUGCCCGACCUGACAAAAUUUCAGUAUGCCACAUUUUUGCUUUUAUUGGAGGGUCAUUUCUCUGUUAAUAAUUUCUGUAUUUCUCUUGCUUCAUUACUGUGUUUCUGCAAGCGUAAGCGGUUAGCGGAAACUUGCCUUUCCUAGAAGUUCACUGAAUUUUGUUUGCGUUUAAGAAAGUAAAUAUAAAUUUAUUUUUAUUGUUUAUUCAGCCGCUUUUUAUACAUAAUUGCAAACUGCUUAAUUUAAAUUUAAAAGAACACAUCUAUCAUCAAGUUCAAGAGCUUCAAAAAUGGAGAAGGAAUUAAAGGAAUUGGCUUCUGACUUCUUCGAUAUUGGAGCAAUUAAAUUCGGGGAAUUUAUAACAAAAGUAGGUUUAAAAACGCCGGUAUACAUUGACUUGAGAGUUCUAAUCGCACACCCAAAAAUCUUGCAAAAGCUAUCAAAAGUUUUGUGGCUAUUUUCAAAGGAUUCGACUUCGAAGAUCACGCAAAUCUGCGGAGUACCGUAUACUGCAUUACCGAUUGCUUCGAUAAUUUCUGUGGAAUCAAAUAUUCCCAUGGUGAUUCGCAGGAAAGAAGAGAAAGCCUAUGGUACUAAAAAGCUCAUCGAAGGACAAUUCGAACCAGGAGAACACUGUGUUAUAAUUGAAGAUAUUAUAACAAGUGGCAGCAGUGUUCUUGAAACUGUCAAUGAUUUGAAAAACGAAGGCUUGAAAGUAACGGAAGCCUUUGUCGUCGUCGACAGAGAACAAGGAGGACUCAAGCAUUUGCAUGAUAAUGGUAUAGAGGUGAAGAGUCUCUUCACUCUCACCAAACUUAUCAAUUUUCUUGUGGAAUCUGAUAAAAUUAACAAGGAGGUAGCGAAGCAGGUUUCAUUUUAUUUGAAAAGUACGCCGGCUCCAUUAAAAAUCAGUAACCAAGAACCAAGUGUAGAUCGCUUAAAGUUGAAUUUUGCUACUCGUGCCGGUCUUUCAAGAAAUGCUAUGGCGAAGAAGCUUUUCUUCCUCAUGGAAAGGAAGAAAACGACGCUAUGCUUGGCAGCUGAUCUCACCAACUUCGAACAUAUUUUGGAGUUGGCCGAAAUAGCUGGACCUCAUAUCGCCGUGCUAAAAACACACGUCGACAUGAUCGAGAAUUUCUCUUCGGAGUUUGUGACCCGACUGCAGGAUUUAGCGAAAAAAUUUGACUUCCUGAUCAUGGAGGACAGAAAGUUCGGCGAUAUUGGUCACACAGUCUCACUGCAGUAUAGGAAAGGUAUUUUCGAAAUUGCCGAAUGGGCUGAUAUUGUCACUGCUCAUCCAGUAGCCGGAAAAGGGAUUAUCGAGGGUCUAAAACGUGGCCUUAAGGGUAUCACAGAAAUUCGAGGUGUCUUCUUGGUGGCGGAGAUGUCGUCAGAAGGAGCUUUGACGACAGGAAGUUACAUCUCUGAAACAAUUUCCAUGGCGAAAGACUCAAGUAUGGUCGCUGGUGUCGUUUGUCAAUCAAACGCAUUUUCAGAUCCUGGAUUGAUUCAACUCACGCCUGGAGUUAAACUAUCUAAGACUGGAGACGACUUGGGCCAAAAAUACAACACACCAGAGCAAGUUGUAAAUUCUGGAGCAGAUCUUGCUGUAGUAGGUAGAGGGAUUACUGAAGCUAAGGACAAACUUAGUGCCAUUCUGCAGUAUAAAGAACAGCUUUGGGAAGCUUAUAAAACCCGAAUUAGUAAAACUAACUAAAAAGUAAGUGGUCGAACCCUUGAAAGUUGUAAUGGGACAUCUUCAUUUUGACAAGCCACUUGCUUACCACGUUUAGAACUAAAAUCAAGUGGCUUCUGAAGAUGGAAGUAUCUCAGAAUAUAAUUAGAACGUUGAUUUUAAAUUGAAUAAAUGUAUUUUAAACUUGAUUGUUCCAAUGCAAGUUAAGAAAGGUAUGCCUUUUUAAUAUAGAGACAGAAUAUUUCGUUGUCUAGUUGUAGAUUUUUUCAUUAAGACUAUUAUAUAUGUAGAUACGAGGAAAUUUUUGAUAUGAUGAUACAUUAAUCUUGAGUCAAUCUCCAUUUUUUACAAGUUACGUGUACUUUAUAUCUUAAAACGUCGAAAUCUGAAUUAAAGCAUGUAAAUUUGUCAAUAGAAGUUUUAUUUAUUCAUGUUUAUGUCACAAAUAGAUUUUAAGAUGGAUAUACAUAUUUUUACAGGCUAAAUAAAAAAAUGGUAUUUCUUUUUAUACAGAAUAUUUCGUCUUAUUAUUUAAGAUUUUAUCUAGGUGUUUUCUAUUGACUGGAAAAAUAAUAAAUCUCUAUGCCCAUCGAAUAGUAUAUGCCAGUCGGAUGGGCUAAAUAAAAUGCAAAAUCUAA